CCGUAAUUCCGCCCUCAGUUAAGAUGGCGGCGGCGGUAGCAGGCAAGGGCUCGGUCAGGCGCCUUCUCCGGGUGCCCCCUGGCUGGUAUUGCAGCUCCUGCCAGGGGACUCGUUCUGUUGCUUCGCCGUCCUCCGCGCGAGUGCGCCAGGCUUUCCUCCAGUUCUUCAAGGAGCGGCACGGGCACCAAGUGGUGCCGUCGGCUCCGGUGCGGCCGCGAGGGGAUCCCGGGCUGUUGUUCGUGAACGCGGGCAUGAACCAGUUCAAGCCCAUUUUCCUGGGCUCAGCAGAUCCCCGGAGUGAGCUAGCAAGUUACCGGCGGGUGGUGAACAGCCAGAAAUGUGUGCGUGCAGGUGGGAAGCACAACGAUUUGGAGGACGUGGGCCGAGAUGUUUAUCAUCACACGUUCUUUGAAAUGCUGGGGAACUGGUCCUUCGGUGAUUAUUUCAAAGAGGAAGCUUGUAGCAUGGCAUGGGAGCUCCUAACACAGGUCUAUGAAAUCCCCAAGGACCGCCUAUAUGUCACCUAUUUCGAAGGAGAUGCCUCACUUAGUCUAAGUGCAGAUGAAGAGAGCAGGGAAAUAUGGCUCAGCCUGGGUGUGCCUCCCAGCCGUGUGCUUCCUUUUCAGUUGAAAGAUAACUUCUGGGAGAUGGGCAAUACUGGUCCCUGUGGACCCUGCACAGAAAUCCAUUAUGACCAUGUGGGCAGGGGUAGGAAUGCGGCAGCACUGGUGAACCAGGGCAACCCUGAAGUGGUGGAGAUCUGGAAUCUGGUUUUCAUGCAGUAUAGCAGAGAGGCUGAUGGGAGUCUACAGCAGCUGCCUGAGCAUCAUGUGGACACAGGAAUGGGUCUGGAAAGGCUGAUGACCAUUCUCCAGAACAAGCGCUCCAAUUACGACACCGACCUCUUCACUCCUAUCCUGGAUGCCAUCCACAAGGGCUGUGGUGGGCCCAGCUAUCGAGGCUUGGUUGGAGAAGCUGACCCUGGGAGCGUGGACAUGGCCUACAGAGUGGUGGCAGAUCACGUGCGCACCUUGUCUGUCUGCAUUGCCGAUGGUGUUUACCCAGGCAUGUCUGGUGCCGAGCUUGUCCUUCGCCAGAUCUUGCGCAGGGCUGUGCGGUUUUGCUCUGAAGUUCUCCAUGCGCCGCCUGGGUUCCUGGCCAGCUUGGUUCCUGUUGUGGUGGAAAUUCUGGGAGAUGCCUAUCCGGAGCUAAGGAAGGAUACAGACACGAUUAUGAAUAUCAUCAGUGAGCAUGAGGAUGCCUUUCUCUCUUCCCUUCUGCGGGGGCGCCGCAUUAUAAACAGAACCCUCCAACAGAUGGAUCAUUCUAAAGUCUUCCCAGUGGAGGUUGCUUGGUCUCUCCAUAGCAAUUUGGGUUUCCCGCUGGAUCUCGUUGGUUUGAUGCUGAAGGAGAAGGGAGUCCAGCUGGAUGUUGCUGCUUUGGACCAUCUGGCUCAGGAAGACGCUGAGCGCAAAUCUCAGCCGCAACAGGAGCAGAGAGCUGGGAUGCACCUGGACCUGCAUUCAUUGGCCAAGUUGAGGCAGGAUGGGGUGCCUGCUACUGACGACUCUCCAAAGUUUGCCUAUGAACUUGGGCAGGAUGGCAGAUAUGUUUUCCGUCCAUGUCAAGCCACUGUCCUGAUGCUGUACAGAGAUGGGUCUUUCCAAAAGGAAGUUGGCAGAGGGCAACAGUGUGGGGUCCUUCUAGACAGAACCUGCUUCUAUGCUGAGCAGGGCGGCCAGGCACCUGACCAAGGCUACAUGCUGCAUGCAGCGCAGCAGGACAUGCUUUUCCCUGUGGUAUCUGUACAAGUAUCCGGUGGCUAUGUGGUACAUGAAGUGAUUGUCUCUGAAACCCUGAAGGUCGGGGACCAAGUGCAGCUCUUUGUGGAUGAGGCCCAGAGGCUGGCCUGCAUGACAAACCACACAGCCACCCACCUGCUAAAUUUUGCGCUUCGCCAGGUCUUGGGAGAUGGUACGGAGCAGCAGGGGUCCCAUGUGACUGCUGAGUAUCUGCGAUUCUCCAUCAGCACCAAGGCUCCCAUAACGAUACAGCAGCUGCUAGACGUAGAAAGUGUGAUCCAGGAGGUGAUCAGAAGGAAUGAGGUGGUCUAUACCGGAGAAGCCCCCAUCAAGCUGGCGAGUGCUGUGCAAGGACUCCGGAAACUAAAUGAAGUGUACCCAGAUCUGGUGCGAGUAGUAUCCAUAGGGGUUCCAGUGGAAAGAGUGCUGGCUGCAAAGUCUAAAGAUGCCACGUCCACCUCCGUGGAGCUCUGCUGCGGAACGCACCUUCUGCAGACAGGAGACGUACAAGACUUCACUAUCAUUUCUGAGCGGCAGCUGGUUAAAGGAAUCAGCCAUAUUGUUGCAGUGACCAGAGAGCAAGCCAAGCAAGCUCGGGAAGCUGGCCAGACUUUGGCUAAGGAAGUGGACUCCCUCACGCUGCGAGUGAAACUGGGAGGAACCGCGAUCGAUGAGGCCCAGAGACUUUCCAAAGAAGUUGGCCAGCUGACUAUUAUCGUGGACAGUACCACAAUACCUCAGUGGCAGAAAAGAGAGCUGCAGGCCACUCUUAAAACUCUGCAGCGAACAGCCAACACAGCAGUUAGAAAACUGGAAAUCAGACUGGCUGCAGAGAAAGCAGAUGACCUGCUAGCAAAGUAUUCCAACCAGCCAGUCAUCAUAGAUACCAUCCCUGUUGAGUCGCCCUCAGUCCUGAUGAAAGUGGUCAACCAGUUAUGUGACAAGGUACCAGGGUCCUCAGUGAUGUUGCUAAGUCCACAAGCUUCUGGACAGGUGUUCUGCGCCUGCCAGGUAUCCAAGAGUUCCUUGCCGGUGUUUUCUGCUGCUGACUGGGCCCUGGCUGUCUGCACUCAAAUGGGAGGCAAGGCAGGUGGUUCUGGAGUUGUAGCCAGGGGCAGCGGGACAACCAGUGACUUGCAAGGAGUUCUGACAGCAGCUCUGGAAUAUGCAAAGAGCAAACUCUGAUUCCUGCUUGCAAGGUCAACGUGUCUGUGCAAGAACACCGAGAUGGGACAGUUGCUUGGCUGCGAUUGCAAACAAGAUCGGUCUACAGUGGCUAAGCAGCACCUGUUGUAGUCAGAACAGUAGAUCUGUCUUGGACUGCAGCUUCUUUUGCAAUAUUGAGGUGGCAGAAGAGUCUGGACUUGCCCAUCUGGACCUUCAUGAAACAUGAUUAUCGCAUUUGCAGAUAAUGGUAUGAGAGGAGCAAGGCUGUCCCAUAAAUGCAGAGGAAGGUAGCAGACAGUGACAUAAUGAAUCUGACCAUCAAUGGGGCUGAGGGCACCCUGGUGAGAGGAAAGUAACUACAGUAUUGCCAUUAUGAUAAUGAAUAGCAGAGAGGCACACUUGUGAUUCACUUUGGGACGAGGAAAGAUGGGAACUCUUUUUCCCAGGAGACCAAGGCCAAACGUUCAAUGUAGCUGAUUCCAACAUAGUGUAAGGCUACCAUAUUGUGCAUAUAUAUGUUUGUUCAGCAGUCUAGCAACAGAGGUUUCAGCCCUGUGCUGUUUUAUUUACGCAGAUCUUUCGAUCAGGAAAUUCUGUCAAUAUACGAAGGAAAUCUACUUUACAAAAAUCAUUGUUUCUAUAUUGCCUAGAUAACUUUCACCAUCAAAAGUCAUAUUUGAGACUCUGAAUCUUAUUAUAAUUUCCCCAAAAUGCAUAGUAACCUUUUGACCUAAUAGGAAAAAAAGUUUUGUGACCAACAAACUGUUAAUUGCAUAAUUAAAAUGGAGCCUAUUGCUGCUACUUAA